UAAACAAAAAGCGUGUGCACGAAAAGAAACUCUUGAAUUUGAAUUGUUGCUUGACACAAAAGUUUUAUUCGAUCACAGCGGAAGGAUGUCUCGACCGGAGCAUAAAGCACCACCAGAAAUCUUUUACAAUGAGGAUGAGGCACGCAAAUACACCAGCAACUCCCGUAUUAUCGAGAUUCAAGUUUCAAUGUGCGAACGAGCCAUCGAACUGUUGGCCCUUCCCGACGACCAAAAUUGUAUGAUACUUGACAUUGGCUGCGGAUCCGGUUUGUCUGGUGAAGUGUUGACUGAACAGGGUCAUGUGUGGAUCGGCAUCGAUAUAGCCAAAGCCAUGCUGGACGUAGCUGUCGAACGUGAAUGUGACGGAGAUUUGGUGUUGGGCGACAUGGGUCACGGUAUGCCAUUCAAAUCGGGCACAUUCGAUGGGGCUGUUUCCAUAUCAGCACUGCAAUGGCUGUGCAAUGCCGACAAAACGAGCCAUCAUCCGCAGAAACGGUUGUACACAUUUUUCAGCAGCUUAUUUUCGUCGCUCACCCGUUCCGCUCGGGUUGUGUUCCAAUUUUAUCCGGAGAAUUCCGAUCAAAUCGAGCUGAUCACAUCGCAGGCGAUGAAGGCGGGCUUCUUUGGCGGUUUGGUCGUUGAUUAUCCGAAUUCGGCAAAGGCAAAAAAAUAUUUCCUUGUACUGAUGACCGGUGGCAGUGCCGAAUUGCCGGCAGCAUUGGGUACAGAUGUAGCGGAAAACAAUCGCAUUGCGUACACGAAGAAGCGUGAAAUGGCGAGGCAAGCGCGUGGAAAACCGCUGAAGAAAUCGAGAGACUGGAUUCUGGCGAAGAAGGAACGAAGACGACGACAAGGCAAAGAGACCAGAGAAGAUACGAAAUACACUGGCAGACGGCGUCCGUGUAAGUUUUGAUUGGAAAUUCACAUUUUGUUAUUGAAAAUAAAUUUAAUGAAAAUCGAAAACAAAAAAGAGAAAAAUAUUUACAAGGCGGAUAGACUAAUCAAUUAACAACGACCAGUUUGGCCAACGACAGUUUCACUUCACAUAUGAAUUACCUCUUCGUCGAUUCACUGACUUCAUCCGGUUUUUUUUCGAAUAGCGUGCUUCCG